UGACUGAGCAUGCGCCUGUGUGUCUGUGUGUGUUAGCUGUUAGCAUUUAGAGAUGGCCGCAGACAAGCAGAACGAAGCCAAAGUUUCCUCCAUGGAUGAAAACAAGAAGAAUUCACCGGACGGGAACAUCGGACUGGAAAUUUUACAAAUAAUCAAGGAUUCCCAGCAGCAGCAUGGCCUCAGACAUGGAGACUACCAGAGAUACAGGGGCUACUGCUCGCGCAGACUGCGUCGCCUGCGCAAGACUCUUGGCUUCAAGAUGGGCAACCGACACAAGUACAUUGGGAAGAAGAUAACUGUUGAAAUUGUUUCUGACAGCAGGUAUCUGUUGCUGGUUUUGAUGGAGGCAGAGCGUGCGUGGAGUUACGCCAUGCAGCUGAAGCAGGAGGCCAAUACAGAGCCACGUAAGCGCUUCCACCUGAUGGCACGACUGCGCAAGGCUGCCAAGCACAGCGAGAAGCUGGAGAAGCUCUGCGAGAGCCCCCGCGUCGACGCUAAGACCAAACUUGAGGCGCAGGCCUACACUGCAUACCUGACUGGGAUGGUGGAGUUUGAGCUGCAGGAGUGGAAGCGUGCCAUGGAGGCCUUCAACAAGUGCAAGACCAUCUAUGAGAAGCUGGCCAGUGCGUUCACUGAGGAGCUGGCAGUUCUGUAUCGCCAGCGUGUGGAUGAGAUUUCACCCAACAUCCGCUACUGUGCUUACAACAUUGGUGACCAGAACGCCAUCAAUGACCUGAUGCAGAUGAGACUGACUGGUGGAGGAGGAGGCAUGAUGGCUGAGAAACUAGAGGCCCUGAUCACUCAGGCAAGGACCAGGCAGGCAGCCACCAUGAGUGAGGUGGAGUGGCGAGGGCGGACGGUGCCCGUCAAGAUCGACAAGGCCCGCAUUUUCCUGUUGGGUCUGGCAGACAAUGAGGCUGCGAUCGCUCAGGCAUCCAACGAGGAGACCAAAGAGCAUCUGUAUGAGACCCUGCUGGCAGAGUGCAGAGACACCAUCCAGGCUGUGAGAGAGGAACUCAAGAGUGAGGCGAAGCAACGAGAUAGGAGCUCUGAUGCUGACAGUGGAAAGGUGUCCAACCUGCAGUUCCUGCACAGUUACCUGACCUACAUCAAGCUGUGUACGCUGGUGAAGAGGAAUGAGAGCAUGGCCCAUACUCUGCAGGCUAAACUGAAGGAACCCGAAGCCGACGAGAACAAGAGAGGACCCCGUCCACAGGACCUCAUCCGCCUCUAUGACAUCAUCCUGCAGAGCCUGGCUGAGCUCUCAACCCUGCAGGGUCUGGAGGAUGACCACAGCUUCCAGAAGGAGGUGUCCCUCAAGACCCUGGUCUACAAGGCCUAUAGAUGUUUCUUCAUAGCCCAGUCCUAUGUGCUGGUGAAGAAGUGGAGCGAGGCGCUGGUGCUGUAUGAGAGGGUUCUGAAAUACGCCAAGGAGGUCAAGUCUAAGGCCAAGACCUUUAACAACAGCCUCAAGGAUCUCCCUGACGUUCAGGAGCUCAUUGCUGAGGUCAACGCUGAAAAAUACUCUCUUCAAGCUGCUGCCAUUUUAGACACUGAUGAGACUGCUGAAGUUCCCUCUCAGCAGCAGGUGAAAGACAACACGCCACUCUGCAACCGCCUGGAGACUUUCCGCCUCGACCCCGCUCUCGUAGGAAAACAGCCCAAUCUGGUUCAGUUCCCUCCUGAUUUCCAGCCAAUUCCCUGCAAGCCACUGUUCUUUGACCUUGCUCUCAACCACGUGGCCUUCCCACCCCUGGAUGACAAGGUGGAACAGAAGGGCAAGGGCGGUCUCACCGGCUACAUCAAGGGCAUCUUUGGCUUUGGCAGCUAAAUAAAUCCACAGGUUCUGGUCUCCAUGAGAGAUCCACAAGGCCCUGAGUCUACCACAAGCAACCAGACUUGGGUCAGUUGUUAAUUAGAAUAAUUUCAGUUACUUUUAUGUUUAAUUUUUUAUUUUAUUUUGUGCGCAAGAUGGGUGCAGUGUGCCGUUUUGAGGAAGGCAGGAUAGAUUAUUGAAAUUUAAUUAAAUCAGUUUCAAGUAGCAAUAUGACCCAAGUCCACCUGCCACCUUUAAAUAAUAACAUCAGGCUGUGUGUGUGUUUCUAGCAUACAACCUUUAUUUGAGCUAUGGAGGGUGUCUCUGUGGUCUUGAGAAGUACAGUCAUGUUGUUAAUCUCACAAUCCUGUCAGAGUAAAUUAAACCACUCAGGCACCCAUAGUUAUUUGUAUUUCAGUGUUAUGUAAGCGCCUUCAUGUAAUUUUUUCAAUUUUUUUCUUUAUGUGCGAGCCGUUUUCAGCAUUGUUUCUUAAACAUGAAAUUGACAAAGUGCAGUUUUGUUUUGGCGCAUACUUUGACUUCAAACACAAAGUAGUGCUGAUCAAAUACUAUAAAUAUCCUGUGACUUGUAGUGACAAACUGAAGCUGUUUUAUCAGUCAUCAUAGUUUCAGAAGACUUAAGCUGCGUCACAGUUCUUCCCUUCGUAUGUUCUCUGCUCUCAAUGCACAGUCAAAAGGAUAAAGAGACCAAUUUGUGUUCAGAGCUUGACUUCAUACACUGACAGUCGACCGCAUCCUGCUCCACAUGCUGAAUAUUUACCCAGAAAUCAAGAAAAGAAGAUGAAUACUACAGGGCGGUAAUGCAGCAUUAAACUGUUGAUUUACUGUUAAAAAGCACAAGGUGAAAGAUAUCUCGACCCCUUUGUUUGUCUCUUGUGAGCGCCGUCUGAUGUGAACAGUGACAUCGUCAAGGCCUCUUCAAACAGGAAGAACAGUUACGGGAAGAAGUGGGAUAAAGCUUAAAAGUUAUGAAUCAAUGUUGUUUUUCCUUCAAAAGAAGAAUAACAGGAUGGUUCAGUGUUUUUAAUUUGCCAAUUGUCAACUGCAGCCUACACAGGUCGUACUGUUGCAUGACAUUUUACACUAAACUUACCUUGUUAGCGAAGGGUCCAACGGCUUCAGCCCGUCUGCAUGAAAGCCCAAGCCUCAUUUUUAACACCCCUCAAUAUCUUCAGUUAUCACGGUGCACGUUUUCUACAAAAGGCCCUGCUGGUUGAUGACCAUGUGGCACCAGCACUGAGGUGAGGAAAUAAUUGCAAGUGCAGCUCUUCAGACUGUAUUUAAUCGCUGUUUUUAUUUAAACAUUUUUAUUUACAGAAUCACUGUUAUAGGACAGCAGUAGUCAUCAAGGACAGAGUUUUUAGCAGCCUUUCAUUCACCACACCACCACGCCUGUGUGUCCGUCAUGAGUAGGACUAAAAUGUUUUCAUCACCAGUGACAUGUCUGUGGAUAUACUGUAAUGCUAGGAAAAUCUUUGUUAUUGGUUGUUUGCCAGCCAUAAUGUCCACACCAAAGCAGCUCCUAUUCCUCUGAUCCUUAAGGGACCUGGUUUGCCUGUGAUACCUGGUUAAACUCUCACUAGAGGACUGUUUCAGUGUCACUCAACCACUCGUACAUUUUACAUUUUUAUCGAUGUCUUUGGUUUUAAUUUUUUUUUUCUCCCCUUCAGUAUUUUAUGUUAAAGAAUUACGAUUGAUUGAUGUGCUGGAAUAGUUUCAGCACUCUACCUCAAUCAGCCUGGAAAACAGUUAGUCGUGAUCAAUAAUUGUUGGAAAGAGAAAUUAAUUGAUGAGAACGUGUGAUUUGAUUUAAUUUCCAGGCCUAUAAUUAAAAUAUAUUUGCACCAAA